AUGUCUAACGCAAACUCACCUCCGACCAACGCUUCCCCGGAACCGGCGGCGGCCGGCGCCCUGAGCAAACGGUACGAAGGUCUGGUGGCUCUCCGUACGAAGGCGGUGAAGGGGAAAGGUGCCUGGUACUGGGCACACUUUGAGCCCAUUCUGAUCAAGAACCCGGAGACCGAUUUUCCGACGGCUGUGAAGCUCAGGUGCACCCUCUGUGGUGCCGCAUUCUCCGCGUCAAACCCCUCGAGGACCGCCUCAGAGCAUCUCAAGAGAGGGUCCUGCCCUAAUUUCAGCUUCAUGAUGAAGCCAAUUUCUCAGCUGCCGCCUUUGGCCUCGCCGUCUUCACACCGCAAACGGAGCUUGGAAUCCCAACAAGCUGCAGGUACUUCUUUAGAUGUAAAUCCUAUCAACGUUAUUUAUUCAUCAAGAACCAGCCAUGAAAUGGCCUUUUCGCCGGCCCAGAGUGGACAGCCCCAGAAAUCGAGCCCGAAGCCGCCGGUCUUGUCUGGCGGCCGAGAAGAUUUAAGGCCUCUGGCCCAAUUGGAAGACAGUGUCAAGAAGCUCAAGAUCCCGAAAACUCUAUCUGUUCCGACUCUAAGCAAAGUCCAAGUCGAUAAAGCUUUCGACCUUUUGGCCGAUUGGUUUUACGAGUCAUGCGGCUCUUUCACAUUCUCGAGUGUUGAGCAUCCAAAGUUCAAUGCUUUUCUUAACCAAGUGGGCUUGCCCGGGUUCUUGAAAAGAGAAUUCUUGUGCACAAGGCUCGACUCCAAGUAUGGUGAAGUGAGUAGAGAGUCAGAAGCCAGAAUUAAUGAUGCAGCCUUUUUCCAAAUCUCCUCUGAUGGGUGGAGAAGUAAUAAUUCAAAAAAUGGAGAUAAAUUUCUGGUUAAUUUUAGUGUGAACCUUCCGAAUGGGACACGGGUGUUCCAGAAGGCGUUGUGUCUGAAUAAGGGCACUUUGCCAUCACAGUAUGUGAAGGAGGUUAUGUGGGAAGCUGUUCAGAGUAUAUGCGGCAAUAAUGUACAGAGAUGUGUAGGAAUUGUUUCUGAUAAGCAUAGACAAAAGGCUUUAAAAAAUUUAGAGCUUGAGAAUAAUUGGAUGGUCAACGUGCCUUGCCAGAUUCAGGGAUUCCUUAGUUUGAUCAAUGACCUCAUUACAGAACUCCCGCUUUUUAGUUCUGUAAAACAAAAUUGUCUGAAAAUCGCAAACCUGAUUAACCACCACCCACAGGUCCAAAAAUGCAUCCCCAGCUUCAGGUCCCAAGCGUUUGAGUGUGCAAGUUUUAUUCGAGUAUUUUCCUCUAAAUGUGUCGUCUCGAAAAAUUUCAGCCCGUUUAUGGUGAUGCUUGAGGACAUACUGACUUGUUCCCAGAUUCUGCAUCUUCUCGUGUCUGAUAAAUCAUAUAAAGCCCUCUGUUUAGAGCACAUUUUGGCCAGGGAAGUUGCUGACAUCAUUCAAGAUGUGGGGUUUUGGAAAAAUGCAGAGGCCGCUCGUUUGCUUGUGAUACAAGUAAUGUCGAUGGUUAAAGAGAUGGAGACAGAAAGGCCGUUGAUCAGCCGCUGCCUUCCCCUUUGGAACGAGCUUAGGGCCAAAAUAAAAGAAUGGUGCGCCAAACACGGCUUUACUGAGGGUCCCAUUGAGCAUAUAAUCGAGGCCCGGUUCCAGAAAAACUACCACCCGGCAUGGCCAGCUUCCUUCAUUCUCGACCCGCUAAAUUUAGUGAAAGACGGAAAUGGAAAAUAUCUCCCGCCAUUUAAUAUACUCACGAGCGUGCAAGAAGAGGAUGUUGAGAAGCUCGUGAUCCGGUUGGUCCCCAAAGAGGAAGCUGACGUGGCCUUAAUGGAGCUCGUGAAGUGGAGGUCAGAAGGUCUGGAACCGUUGUAUGCUCAGGCGGUUCAAGUCCGGCAACUAGAUAAUUUGACAGGAAAACUAAAGAUAGCAAACCCUCAGAGUAGUCGGCUCGUGUGGGAGACUUGCUGCUUGAAGGAGUUCAAGUCACUUAGUAAAGUAGCAGUGAGGCUUCUUUUUCUACAUGGGACCGCGUUUGGGUUCAAGUGCGGCCAGGCCUCCAUGGGGUGGUUUUGUGGGCCGGGGGCGGGACUUGAGAGGGCCCAGAAGAUGGCUUACGUGGCGGCCCAGGCAAGGCUGGGGAAGAGCAAUCUUUUGGGUGGUGAGGAGAUUGAGCUUUGUGAGGAGGAUUGUGGUUUUUGUGCAUAA